AUGAAGGUCUACCAACAAAUGCGGAAAAUGUAUGCCGAGGUGGAAGCUCUGACCAGUCGUGGUUGCAUCGCCCCUACUGCAAUCCCUGUCUCCACGACCUCUGCGAUUGCAACCUCUUCUUCCUCGGGUUUGGAGACAGAAGAGAAUGGUUCUAUCUAUUGUGUCAACCAUUCUACCGAAAAUCAUGCUGACUUUGAAUCGGAAUUAGACAUGGAUGCUAACGUACAUCAUAUAAAUACCCCCACUUCUCUUGCCGGCCACCACACCCCUGAUGAGUUGGCCAUGGUUGAAAUGCACUUCCGACUUAGCUCUCUACGCCAAGUUCUCUCUGACCUCCGCGGAUUGCUACACGAUUUGGUGGAGUUUCCUGCUAGCCCUGACUCUACUCCUUCGACACAACCAUGUGAUAGACAUGAAGACAAGCCCCGAUCUUCUGAAAAACUAGUGAGACGAAUCCUUGAGCUUUACAAGUAUUUUUGUUGUCCACGAUUUUUUAAUGAUUGUUCUUGUUUUUGCUCUAUCAUUCUACCUUUACCCAUUCACUAA